AUGGGGAAGAUAACAACUAGUGAUACUAAAACAAAACAACGUCAUAAUCCAUUAUUAAAAGAUAUUUCAUCCCAAGGUGGGAAUUUAAGAACCGUUCCAAGAUCAUCAUCAUCAUCAUCAUCACAAAAGAAGAAAUCAUCAAAGAAACAAAGACAUAACGAUGAAGACGACGAAGAAAAUGGUGGCGGUGAAGGAUUUUUAGAUGCUUCUAGUUCAAGAAAGAUUUUACAAUUGGCAAAAGAACAACAAGAUGAACUUGAACAAGAAGAUGAAAUACAAAAUAAACCUUCAUUUGCUCAAUCAUUUAAAAAUCAACAAAUAGAUAGUGAAGAAGAAGAAGAGGAAGAUGAGUAUUCAGAUUUUGAAGAAGAAGAAGAAGUUGAAGAGAUAGUAUAUGAUGAAGAAGAUGCAGAAGUUGAUCCCAAAGAUGCAGAAUUAUUUAAUAAAUAUUUCCAAUCCAACGGUGAAGCUAAUAAUAAUGAUGAUGAUAAUUCAUUUCAACCAACAAUAAAUUUAGCUGAUAAAAUCUUAGCCAAAAUUCAAGAAAAAGAAUCCCAACAACAACAACAACAACAAAGCUCUCCAGAUAAUAGUAAUGAAGAUGCCGUAUUGUUACCACCAAAAGUCAUUUUAGCUUAUGAAAAAAUUGGUCAAAUUUUAUCAACUUAUACUCAUGGGAAAUUACCUAAAUUAUUUAAAAUUUUACCAAGUUUAAAAAAUUGGCAAGAUGUAUUAUACGUGACAAAUCCAAAUAGUUGGACUCCUCAUGCCACAUAUGAAGCAACUAAAUUAUUUGUGUCGAAUUUAUCAAGUAAUGAAGCUACAGUUUUCAUUGAAACUAUCUUGUUGCCACGAUUCCGUGAUUCUAUUGAAAAUUCCGAUGAUCAUUCAUUAAAUUAUCAUAUUUAUCGAGCAUUAAAAAAAUCAUUAUAUAAACCAGGAGCUUUUUUCAAAGGGUUCUUGUUACCUUUAGUCGAUGGUUAUUGUUCUGUACGUGAAGCCACUAUUGCUGCUUCAGUGUUAACUAAAGUUUCUGUCCCUGUUUUACAUUCAUCAGUUGCAUUAACUCAAUUAUUAACUAGAGAUUUUAAUCCUGCUACAACGGUUUUCAUUAGAGUUUUAAUUGAAAAAAAAUAUGCUUUACCUUAUCAAACUUUAGAUGAAUUAGUAUUUUAUUUCAUGAGAUUUAGAAAUGCUACUAUUAAUCAAGAUGAAAAUAUGGAAAAUAUGGAUAUUGAUCAAGAAAAAACCACCAAAGUCAAUAAUGGUCCUCAAUUACCAGUGGUAUGGCAUAAAGCAUUCUUAUCAUUUGCUACUCGUUAUAAAAAUGAUCUUACUGAUGAUCAAAAAGAUUUCUUAUUAGAAACAGUAAGACAAAGAUUUCAUCCUCUAAUUGGUCCUGAAAUUCGUAGAGAAUUACUAAGUUAG